CUUCGACCUGUCGCUGCCCAUUCCGGAGGACCUGCCGGAGGCCGACCCACGGGUCAGAGGGGCGGCGGCGGCAGCAGCGGGUUCCGGUGCUCCUGCGGCGGCGGGUCAGGAUGGUGGGGACGGGGAUGAUAAGGGCAGGGGCAAGAAGGUCGGGAAGAAGGCUGGCAAGAAGUCGGAAAAGCAGCGGGAGAAGGAGGAGAAGGCGGCGGCGAAAGCGGCGGCGAAGGCGGCGGCCAAGCAGGCGAAGGAGGAGAAGAAGGAGAAGGAGAAGGGCAAGCAGGGAAAGGGGAAGGCUGCCGGCGGCGGUAAGGGCAAGGCAGAGGAUGUGGAAAAGGCAGUCCCCGCUACAGCUGCUGAGCAGCAACGACCGCCUGGUGCAGCAGCAGCAGCAGCAGCAGGGGCGGCGGCAGCAGCAGGUGACGGGACAGCCGACGGCGACGGCAUCAGCGGCAAGAAGCUGUCUAAGAAGCAACUCGCCAAGCAGGCGAAGGAGCAGCGCAAGGUCAAGAUAGCCGCGGUACGACAGGCCAAGAAGAACCACCCUGCGGAGUCGGUGAGGG